AUGUCAGAAGAAGAUAAACAGACAAUGCCACCUCCUUCGUCAUCAUGGACAACCGCACCUGCGACUUCUCAAAAUCCAUCCGGAGGUACCACCGAUACUCAAUUUUCCGAACGCAGUCAAUCGGUCCUCUCUCAAUCUCAGUCACCUAAUUCAGAUUCAACCACUAGUGCUAAACGACCGCGAAUUGAAAUUGAAGAAACGGAAACUUUCCAUUCUUCUGAACUAAAUUCUUCAACAUCUACGAAGCCAUCAGGGCAGACUCAAAGUCAUGGUCAACAUUCGAACUUCGGACCCUCAAUUAUACCUAGCACUAGUGGAGGUAGUCUCAGAUCUUCUGCCUAUUGGCAUGACGACAUGAAUGUCAAUCGACAGCGAUAUCCACCUCAACAUUCUCCCUACACUCAACCUUUGCCUGGUCCAGCUCAAUUGCCACUUUUCCCCUUUCCUACCUCUAUGGGAUACCCUCCUCCGCCUCCGCCUUUGCCUCAUCCACAUGGGCCUGACCAACCAUUCUCGAUUCCCAGCAGCACCUUCAACACUUCUCUGAAAUAUACUCCAAUUGUUGGACUUGCACCUGUUGUGACCCAAUCCUCAAGUCACAGUAGACCCCCUACGCCUAUAACGCCACAUGCACCUGGUGGAUUCCCCAAUCCCGAUUCCAAUCAAGAUUUCCAUCCUUCGCCUUUAGGGGAUGGACUUGGAUUGGCAUAUACCAAUUAUCCACAUCCUCAGCACUACGUUCAUCAUCCUAUACCUACUUAUAUACCUCCUUCUAUCCAAUCACAAAAUUCCGGUUCAGGACUUGGUCCCUUGAUGACCACUUCGAUACUUCGACCACCAUCUACUGCGGGAAGUUCCUUAGACUCACCAACACCAAUCGCCACCGGAACAGCAGGGGCCUACCAGCCAUCACCUUCACCGCCACUUCAAUCUGUCGCCGUACCGUCUUCGACGUCAAAUGUUCAAGAUUCACCUAUACCUUCUCUCGAGCAACUUCAGUCGACUCCAGUCACAACUGUGAAACCAAAGGGUAAACAUAAAGGUAUACCUGGACCUAAAGCUAGGAUACCUACCGAAGCGAAGAUUGCCAUUGCUGAACAUGUCAUCAGUAAGGGUGUGGCUAUGGCGAACCUCGAUGAGUUGGCUCAGAUGACCGGUCUGACGAAACAACAGAUCAAAUCACAAUUGGUCGACAAUCGUCAGAACGUCCGAAAACAACUGAGCGAGUUCGCAAGGGGAUUGCAGUAG